GGGGCGGGGGAGGUUGUUUGUCUGAGGGUUGCCCUGUUUUCACGUGUCUUUAGCUGAAGGAGGGGGGAGCGUUGUAGCCCCCCCUCAAGAGCGAUUAGGGGUAGAGCAGCAGGGGCUUAGGAUCCUGGAAAGUGGGCUUGUGUUGUUGCUCCCAUAGGGUGGGACUGCCACCCCCAUCCUCCACAGCCAGCAUGGACCAAGGAGGGGAGUUGGAGCCCGACCUGUCUGCAGAGCUCAGCAUGGAGGAAGGCCGUAGUGAAUAUAAAACCUUUCUUCUGGAAACUGCCAUGCUUUUUCUAGACAACGUGCUGGAGAAGGGUUGAUCCAUGCAUCAUAGCCACGUCUUCCCCUGAAUAGAAUUUCCAACUAAAGAAUUCUCUGGGAAGACAAAGAGCGGCAAUGACCUGGUCACCGGGACACCACAAGGAUGGGAUCUGUUCCUGCCACUCCACUGCAGCGCAGGGUGUUCACCAGACUCUGGAUGAAAUGGAUUUUGAGAGAGGGAUCUGGAAUGCUGCACUGAAUGGAGACCUGGAGGGGGUCAAGAGGCACAUCCUGAGCCAUGGGAAGCCCAGUGAGCCAGACCCUUUUGGAUACACAGCUUUGCACUAUGCGAGUCGCAAUGGGCAUUAUGACAUCUGCCAUUUCCUUCUGAGGAACGGAGCCUCCUGCGAUGCCUGCACCCAUGGCGGGGCUACCCCUCUGCAUCGUGCAGCUUACUGUGGUCACACAGCAAUAGCCAAGCUGCUGCUGGACCAUGGAGCUGAUCCAGCUGCCACGGAUGAUGAUGGAAAGACCUGCCUGCACAAGGCGGCAGAGAAUGGGCAUCAGGAACUCUGUGAGCUCAUCUUGGAGCAUCACUCUCAGCUGAGGCAUACGCAGGACAACAACCAGAGACGACCUGGUGACUUGGUUCCUGCCAAGAAUGAAGGCUUGCGGAGGAAACUCUUGGAUCUGUGAUUUGUUCAUUGACAACUUGGCUGUUCCCUGAGCCAAAUGUCCACGUUCCAUCUUCUCUUCUGAUACUCGAAAGAAGCAGCUGAACUGAAUUCGGUUUCCAAUUUCAUCUGUGUAGUGCACUGUUUCUCAAUUAGGUAUGCUUCAGAUGUGCGGGAACCACAGUAUCCAAAAUUCUCCAGCCGACAUACUGUCCCAGUGCUUCUACAGAGCACUAGGGUGGGGAAGGAGGACAUAAGGUAUGAUUGGUUUGAAGUUGGAGAAUGUUUCAGCCUGGGCAAACUUUAGGGACCAUAGGAAGCAAAACAGUUGUGAAGAUAGGAGCCAUCAUGCUAGGAUUGUGGUGAACUCUGAAAGAUGUAGGGAAUCUUCUGUUUCUUAGAAGCAGAAAAAUCAGCUGCUUUGAUUUAGAAAGAUAACGUGUCCAUCUUGGGCACCACAGAAAUUGUCAAGGAUCCCUGCCACUUCCUUGGGACCUACUUCCACUUCCCUCUUGCUGUUUUAGGUUUGCUGUUCAGCUCUGCUAAAUAUUACCCUAGUUGCUGCUGUUGCAUUGUUUAGUUGCUGAAUCAAUUAACAACACCUAGACUGAGUAAAGAUGAUUCCCCAAAUUAAUUAGGAGAUUUUUUUUUCCCCAUGCAAUCCUAGAGUUGGAAGGGGCCACUUGAGUUAAGUCAGUACAGGAUUCCCAAUUAAACUCUCCCUGACAGAUGGCUGCCUAGCCUCUGCUUGAUCACAUCCCAUGAAAGGGAAGCCCAGCACCUUUCUGAUCCUUGGUUCUGCUGUCCAACUGCUCUUAUGGUUCAGAAGUUCUCCCUGACGGUUAAUUGGAGCUGUCUCCUUUCCAUCAAAUCUGUAAAUCUUGAGUCCUGCAGUCUGGAAUGAGAGAGAACGGAUCUUGACUUUCUUCUAGCUGUCUGAAGAAUGCUUUGAUAUUCCUUCUCUUCUCAAGGCCAGGCAGACUUGGUUUUCCACAUACGCCUUAUUUUCCAGUCCCUGAUCAUUGUGCUUCCUUCUGUUUCUCUGAAUCUUAAGUGCUGCCCAGGAUACAGACUUAAUUGCAAUAUCAUCACUUACCAGGGCCUUCUCUCCAUGAUUUUUUUAAUGGCAUUGCGCUCAGAGAGUGAAAAGAUACGGCUUAUGUGACUUUGUUUACGGGCCCUAUUUCCCACCAAUGAUUCCCAAGCAUUCUUCAAAUGCUUGGUUAUUAAGAGAUGUGGCAGGGAAGGUGUUUUUUUUUUAGUUACUUUUAAUCUAUAAACUGGAAAAAGGAAAACGGUAGCCAAAUGCAAAAAAUUAAAAUAAAACCCAAACGAAGAUACCAAGAAAGAAAGAUGAAAAAGACAUGCUGAAAUAGAUGGAUAUAAAACGAACAAACUCUGGUUUUAAACAAGUAAACUUGGGUUGUGUUCCAUCCUGUCGGCGUGAAAACCGAAAUGUCUUUUAGGAUACUUGCCCUUUAAAGACAAAGCAUGCUUUUAAAAUUUUCUCCACGUGCAAAUUCCUGUAGAUGCAUUUGUUUUGUCAUCCAAACAAAAGAGAUUAAUCAUUUUUGAAGGGCUGACAUUCUUAAUUAUACCAUUCAAUCAAAGCAAGAGGGAACAGGACAUGUUUUGGUAACUCCCAAACUGAUGCUAACAAAAUACAACUUGCUCAGUUUUAUAUGGGUAGAGGGUCCUCCUGCAUUCUUUUUCUAGGCUCUUCUGCAGCAGUGUCCUCAGCUGGGUUUCCUCGAGAUGUGUUGGGCUUACAACUCUGAGAAUAUCCAGCCAACGUGGCUGUGGAAUUCUAAGGUGCAUAGCGCAAGUGCCAAAUUGGGAAAGAUCGGUGUGCGGUCUAUCCAAAUGGAUGACGACCCUGGUGGACCACGCUAGCCUUUCACUGAAGAAGCUCUUGCUGGGGUAACCCUGGGCUGGCCAGGGAUCCCCCGGAUCAGGCUGGUGGAAGAGAACAGAGGGUUCCUCCCAUGAUCUGUCUGGGGAAGAGAGAUCAAGUCAGCUAUUAAAGAAGUGGGACCUCCUCCUCCCCCUAGGUCAUCUUCUGGAGAUGAGGAAUAGUCUUGGCAGGCUAGAUACCUUUGUUUAUGGACUUCACUGAUAGGUUGGUUCCUCAAGGAGGCAGAAGGAAUCCUGGGGGGUUUAAAUGAAGCAGUGGGGGGGUGCUUGCUCAAGAGAAUCCCUCUGCCCACUUUUAAGUGGGCUAGAUCUUUGGUGUUUGGUGGUUUUUUUCCCUACCUAGGUUUCAAAGAUGGCCCGGUACUAAAGCAUCUUUUUUGUUUAAAGACUGAACGAAGUGCUUCCUUGCUUCCUCUUCACAAAGAGAACAGUUGAAGCUCAACAGGCCCAAGCAUCAAUGUUGAUGUGGGGAAUGGCUGUUCAUCAGUUGGGGGGGAGCAGCAGCGGAGGCUGAUCUUUUCUCUUGCCAGAACUGCCUCAGGCAGUGGCUUUCUUUGUAUGUCUCUCUGCAUGGCAGGGAGUGGAAGAAAGUCUCCGUCCAAGUCAGCUUGGCCCCCGUGACUUCACAGAUGGAUCCGUGUAGAGUUUUGGCGAUGAAAUGGUCGUCGUUUGCCAUUGGCUCGUUCCUGGGUGUUUUCCUUUCCUUUCCUUUCCUCCCUUCCCUUCCCUUUCCCAGUCCAUCCUGUAGCCGUGCUGUUUCCUGGUGGUCUCUCAUCCAAGGAUUAGCCAGGUUCAGGCCUCCUUUUGUUUGUGAGAUAAGCCAAAGUCAGAGAGGUGCCGUUUCUUCCCAUAGUUGAGUCCAGGGGGGCACAUUCCCAGGCUGUGCCGGUAGCAUCCCAAAAUACUGAACCGAGUGACCAGGAGAUCCGGAAAUGGGAUGGCGCGGAAGGUCCAAGAUACCCACUGCCUGGCUUUGCCUCCAUUCAUCAGUUCAUGCUGCGCGGCUGCCAAGUGGAAAGCGAAGGAGGGUACGACGUUUGGCCACUGGCAUCUCUCGCCUCAGAGAGCGACAGGUGAGAACCUACCUCCUUGUUAGGGCAGGUAUGGCACUCCCGUCCCUGCAACGGGAUACCUGUCACCAAGCAGGGGGUCCUUGGCAGAGCCUCUGUAGCUAAGGGCACUGGAAGACCAAGGCCGUAUCCCUCCUCACGUCUAGGGUGCCUCUUGCUGGAUCCCACAUUUGGAAGAGGAGUACUUGGUUCAGCAGCCUCGCUUUCGAAAUGGGAUACCUGCUCUCCUUGAAAACUGAGCAAAGAGGCUUGUUUUGAGCGGGAAGGGAGGAGGAGGAGGAGGCCAUAACAUUGUUGGAAGAUAGGAUAUCAGCUUUGGGAGGCUAUUUCCAUCUGCAGCUGUAAUGUGAACUGGAGCACCCCAGUGACACACAGUCCUGGAUUUGGCAUUGCUGUAAUCCUUCGAGCUUUCUCUCAUCAUGUGGGGACGCUGCCAGCAGCCAAGGAAGCCUUUCGAGUCAGUUAAGAUGGGGGACAGACUUAUCUGGAGGGGUCCUGGCUAGAUUCCCAUUCAACACACUAAAUUUUAAUCUGUAGUUUACAAACAGCUGCCUGACUACAUAACCAUGAUAAGCCAGAAGGUUUGUUACAGAGUCACAAACCUCCAGAGGUCUUGCUACAAUUUGGAUUUAUUUCGUGAGCUCACUGCAGGAAUAAACUCUGGAUGUUCUGCUUUA